CGCACAACCACAAACCGCCACCAGUUUCAGAUCUACUAACAACACCUCAUCCUCUUCAUCCUCUUCCAAAUCCACCAACACCUCAUUUUUUUUCCGCUUCUACCAUUCUACAUCACCACCAACAGGUUACGAUGUUCAGAUCUAAAUUCAAUACUAGAUCCUCCAUCCCCUCCUCUUCCCCCCUUCAUCACCAGCAUCAACACCUUCUCCUCCUUCUUCCGUACCUCUAGCAAACCCACAACCAUCUACACCAACACCUCCUUGUUUUUUUCUUCCCUCAACCCCACCAACAACACCUCCUCUUCUUCGUUCUUUUCCUCCACCACCACAAGCAAUAAGUUGAAUUAAUUGAUGAUAAUACGAUUUAAUCUGAGAGUGAAACGAAAUGCUUCAUGUAUUUGAUUAUUAUUCACAAACUCAAUUAGCGAAACCGAGGUGGCGAUGGUGGCGAAUUGAUCUCAUGGUGGAAAUGAACCAUUGACGGGGAUUCAAUUUCAUCUGUUUAUUGUGUUUGGAUAAACGAUGAAUUUUAAUGGUAAUUCGAAGUUCGCAGAAAUUUGAACAGAAUCCAUUCUUUGAAAAUGUUGAACUCUCAAGAGAAUUCUCCUUCUCCCACAAAGGAACCAUUGACAUAAGUUUCACCGAGAUCAAGUGGAAGGACAAGAUUUAUGUCGAAAAAACCAAUCUUGUUGGUGUUUCAGAUAAAUGGGUCGUGGAGUCAGUUAUGGAGGAGGUCAAAGUUCUUUGGGAUAUCUCUUUGUUGCUCCCGAGGAACCAAAACCAUCUGUGACUGCUUCAACUGCUGCUGCUGCUACUCAGACCCCCCAGUUCAAAAUAUACCUGCAGUUAACAAGUUUCCCCCUUCUCCCCCAGUGUAUAAAGAUAAGUUGGGUCCAUCAGGAGUAGUGCAAGGUCCUCUAGAAAAUAAAUACUAUCGCGCUAAUGGCCAAAACAUUUCAUCCGUUGGUGUUUCGAAGCUUUGUGAAAUAGCAUUUAGGCAUGCCAUGUCAAUCAUGACAUUUGAAUGCUGUCUUUCUAUCAAUGAACAUGUAUAAUACCUCUUAUAAUUUUUCUUGCAAUUAAAUCCUCACGAAACCAAUUAUGGUUUCGUAUUAUUUUAUGA